UCUGGCAGCAGUAUUCUCGGUAUUCUUCCGUAUUUAGUUGCAGUUCACACAGCAUUGUUUUUCCGAUUUUUUUCGCAUCACAAAUACCAGAAUAAUUACUAGAUCGAAAAGCUGUUAAAACUAGUCUCUUUGGCGCUCACAUUUCAAAGGAUCUUCAUUCGCCAAUAGGACGAACCGCUCCACGUAACCACUAUACUAUGCCCAAGGACGAUUCAGACUCCGGCGAUAAGAAGGUGAAGCGACUGUACCACCAACGGUACCGGUCCGAGUGGGAGAAAUUUCCCGCGUUCGCCAACUGGCUGAGUUCCAGCAACGAUGGUUACUCGGCGCACUGCCGGAUCUGCGAUGUGACUGUCCUGGCCCGACUGGCGUCUAUCAAGCAGCAUCUUAUCACACGAAAGCACCAGGACGGCGCUCGGUGCAAUGAUUUUCUGUCACAGAACAUGGUCAAAGGCGACUCAAAUGCAGUGAAGCAAAUGUGCAGACCAAAUGCGGCCAAGAGCAAGGGGGACACGGAUAUGGGUAGAUCCACAGCCAGUAGUAAGCCGAAGGCAAAGCCGAAACCCAAGCCAACUGCUAAGGUGAAGCGCGAACCCAGAGAGAUUAAGCGCGAGCCCAAGAUCGAACGCGUUGAGGUGGUAGAGCAUGAUAUCGCCUCCAACGACUCCAUCCUGGACGAUCUACUCGGCAACGAGCACAUGGUGAAUGUGGCGGAGGAGGAGUAUGUGGUCGAAGGCGAGGCCGAGAUGAUGGACGAAAGUGUUUUGGAAGAAGAAACCGUCGAAGAUGCGUACGAAGAGUUGAUGCCGGAGCUAAACGACGAUAACAUGUCCGAGGAUGUUAUCAUCAGCGAAUUUGAUCUGUUUGGCAAGAGCCUGGCUCUCCAGCUUAACAAUAUGGACCUUGAGGAUGCGCUGCUCUGCCAGGAGCGCUUGCAGGUGGUGCUAACUGAGUUCCGCCUGAAGAUUCUAAAGCGCAAGCGGGAGACCACGCGAAGUUCUUAGACAUUUACAUUAUUAUAUAUAUAACGUUUAAUUCCCUUAUGUACAUAAAAUAAGUUUAUAUGACUAAAUAAACAUCUAUUUCGCAUCAA